UAGACCGACAACGUGUUCUUUCUACGCUAAGCAACUCCUUCCUUUUUCUUACAAAUCGGUUCAAGUAUAUCUCAUUGUUCCCUCAUUCUACGUAGUUUACUUCUAUAAUAUUUCUUUGUCAAUAAAUAUCGAAUACAAGUGAGAGGAAAAACAGUGAUUACUCGAAAAAGGAAAUGCAAGUGAACAGUGAAAACAAUCCUGCAUUGCUCCGUGUUCCCCAUGGCAAGCUACUGAACGAGAAGAAUGCACGUCAAGGAAAGGUUUCUCUAACUCUGCGUGAACUUAUAGAUGCCUUGCAUGAAUCUUUCAAAACUGACCAUGUGAAUAUAGACGAUGUUCAAGAUCUUAUGGCCUCGUACAAGAGCAACCCUUUGGAAUGGAAAAAAUACGCGAAGUUUGACAGAUACAGGUAUACAAGGAAUUUAGUCGACGAAGGAAAUGGAAGGUUUAACCUAAUGGUUCUAUGUUGGGGAGAAGGUCAUGGUUCAGCUAUACAUGAUCAUGCGAAUGCACAUUGUGUAAUGAAAGUUCUCCAAGGUGAACUUUGUGAGACACGAUAUAAAUGGCCUAAGGAGUGCAAUAAUGAAACAGAAGAACCAGAAGAACUAAAAGAGUUGGAAAGAAAUACCCUUGGCCUCAAUGAAAUAUGUUACAUCAAUGAUUCUUUAGGGCUCCAUAGAGUUGAAAAUCCGAGUACCGUAAAUCCUGCUGUUUCGUUACAUUUGUAUUCGCCGCCAUUUUCUUCCUGUUCCGUCUUUAAUAAGCAAACUGGGCAAAGGAUCUCGUGUAAAGUCACAUUUUGGUCGAAAUAUGGCGAGAAACGAAACCGGGAUAUUCAAGAUGCUAGGUCUCCUGAGGAUAAUUAAUAUAUUAAAAU